GAAAUGAAGUAAGACGAAGUAGAUGACACGGAAAGCCAGACUCUUGUAGCUUCCCUAUUGGUGAGACCAUGAAGUCGAGAGCGAUGCACGAAUGGGAGUUAACGCGGGGCGGCAAGCAGGAUCAGCGGCUGAACAAUAUGCACUGUCAGUUUGUCUAGUCAGAGGGACUGCCAUCGAGCCAGGCAGUCCGCGAGGGCGAAGUAUUGAUGAGACGAGAUUGGCAAUCUGCCGGACGACUAGCGUUUGUUAACCUGUAGAUACAGAUAGUGAUGGAGUAGAGCCGGUGACGCUUCC